AUGUCCGUCCCCCGAGCCAUCGCAAAGGUCGUCCGCGCCAUCGAGCAGUCCGAAGGCGCCGGAGCCCGUGUCCGCCGAUCCAUCGGCACCCGCGAGCAGCGCAACUUUAGCCCCUUCCUCAUGCUCGACCACUUUUCCACAACCGCCGGCUUCCCAGACCACCCCCACCGCGGCCAGGAAACAAUCACAUACCUCCUCGACGGCGUCAUCGACCACGAAGACUUCGCCGGCAACGCGGGCACCCUCCACUCGGGCGACCUCCAGUUCAUGACGGCCGGCCGCGGCAUCAUCCACGCCGAGAUGCCCCGCAAGCAGCCCGACGGCCGCCCCAACGUCGGCCUCCAGCUCUGGGUCGACCUCCCCAAGGAGCUCAAGUACUGCGAGCCCCGCUACCGCGACCUCCGCGCCGCCGAGAUCCCCACCGUCGACGUCGACGAAGGCCGGGUCACCGUCAAGGUCAUCUCCGGCCAGAGCCACGGCGUCGACUCCGUCAAGGAGCUCGCCUACACCCCCGUCUGGCUGCUCGACUUCCUCCUCAGGCCCGGCGCAAAGGUCACCCAGGCCCUGCCCAAGGGCUGGAACGCCUUCGCCUAUGUCCUCGACGGCAGCGUCGUUGUCGGCGAGGGUCCCGACGCUAGAAAGGUUGAGCAGUACGACAACGUCUUCUUCAAGCAGGAGGGCGAUGUCAUCCACCUGUCAACUGAUGCCAACGCCACAAAGGACGCUCGAGUCUUCGUCAUCGCAGGAACUCCUCUUGACCAAAAGGUCGUGCAAUACGGCCCCUUUGUCGUCAACUCCGAAGAAGAGGUCAUGCAGACCUUUUCUGACUUCCAGAGCCACGAGAACGGCUUUGAGCGUGCCAAGAACUGGAGAAGCAAGAUUGGCGACCGCGUAUAUUAG